AUGGGUUCUUGCAUUAGCAAAUGCAGUCCCAAAUCCCACUUCCAAGUCGAAGGAGACGAUCAAUUCUGUCACAAUGUCCAAGACAAACUGGUAAUCUCAAUCCAGCCUCCUAAACCUACCACUCCAAUUCCCUCUCAUCAUUCAAACAAAAUCUCUCCUUUUCCUUCUUCCCCUUCACAUUCCACGACCACUACUAGUAGUGCUUCUAACUCUAUUUCCACCCUCAGCUCAUCGAGCUCAACCUUAUCCAGCAGCGAUUCUUCGGUUUCGAGCAGUUCGAAGAUCGACAGAUCCUUCUCCAACGAGUUCCUGUGGUCUUGCUACAAAGAAAACCCGCAUAUAUCUCGCAUUGCUACAAUUAAGGAAGCACAACAGAAACCGGUUGCCGCAGCAACGUUGAGAAAGCACCACCACCAACAGCAGCCAAGCCCUAUAAAUAGAGGAAAUGAGAGUGCUAAAACGACGCCGCAGAAGAGAGUCCGAACAAGUACUUCACCAACUCUGAAGCGACAGAAGAGCUUCCGUAAAGAGCCAGAGAGGCCUGUGAUCUCUGCAUAUGCUAAAAGCUUAAGGUCGCCGUCUCCGAGUAGAAGGUUCAAUGUUUCAGACAAAAACAUAGGAGCAGUUAUGGCAAACCCGCCAAAAACGGUUUCGAAUAUCAGACCGGCUAAUCAGAACAACAACAACCCAAGUGGGCUCAUGGCUCGGCCUUGUUUGCAGAGUCCUGCGAGAGAGACGCAGACAAGGGUUCACAGGAUCAGUUCGAAAAUCGAUGAAGUUGCUGUUAGAGAAGCUCUGGCUCAUGACCAUUUUCUGGAGUCUGUUCCUGAGGACAUUAACAAUCCUCUAAUCUCUUUGGAUUGUUUUAUUUUCUUGUAG